GCAGAGGCGGACGCGCUGCUGCGAAGCGCGCUGGAGCACAUGGGCUCGGAGGCCUCCGCAGCGCAGGCCGCAGCGCGCGCGGCCGCGCACCGCGCCGCGGCCGCCGAGGGCGCCGCCUGGAGAGCCGAGGCGGAGAGCCCCGCUUCCGGGGCGGAGGCCUCGGGCCUCUCCGCCGGCGUGGUCACGGCGGCGGCCUCCGUGCUGCAGCGUGCCGAGGCCGAAGCGGACUCGCUGCACAGCUACCUCCUCGCCUCCCGCUGGCGCCGCGCGGGCGGGGGCCACCAUGGCGAGGGCGCCGGGCAGUUAUUUGGCGAGUCGUGGAGUGCGCUUGUCUGGCCCCGCGCGUGGCGGCGGGCGCGGGCGCGCCGCGGCCGGCGCGGGCCGCGCGGGCCUGCUGUGGCGCCGCGGUGUGGCUGCGCGGACCUCCCGGCGGAGAGAAGCGCGUGGCCCGUGGCAGUGCGGAGGCACCCUCAAACGGUGUAG